GCCUCUACGUGGUCAGCAAAUAGUCGACUGACCAUGUAGAGUUCGCCGCAGGGUACUGGACAAGAGGUGAUGCAUCACUUCAGAGAGCGUCUUAAAGAAGAGGAACGGCGCAGGGACGAAGAAAUGCUGCAGAGUUCUGAUUCGUGGAGGAGCGCGCAGCAGAACGGACACAUGGGGCCGACCAACAAGUGGACCAACAAGUGGACUUGUCUUUCUUUCGCCGACCAACAAGUGAUUCAGGAUAACGUGGUCAACCGAGGAGCCACCCGCCUAGGGAUUCGGAGCCCCACCGACGACUUGAUGCUGGACGAGCCCAUCGUGCGACUGGGCAGACGCGGUGUUGCGGCCAGGAUGCGCGCCGACACCGACCCGCUCGGGCUACGCUCGGGCAUCGAUCGUGGGACGGCACGGACGCGUCGUCGAGCGAGCCCUGCUUCGGAAGACCAGGGCCCAACGCUCGAGGAGCUGCUCCAGAAGAAAGCCGAAUCCCGCCGCCAGGAGCGCUUGUCAGAGCAGCGCCAGCUGGAGAUAGCGGACACUCUUUAUCCUUUCGGCAGAAGACCAGAGUCUAGGAUGGCCAUGAUGUCCGGGAGCAGGAGACCCUCGGCUUCUUCGUCCAUUGAAGAGAUCGAGCGCUACAGUCCGUGGGGCAAAGGAGUCGGCAACCCGUCACCCAACCAGAACUUCAAGCGGCGGUCACGUGAGAGGACCAUCGCCGAGGAGACCGACACAACGGAUCAAACAUUCUUUACCGGUGGACGCUCGCCCGUGAGAAUUCCAAGGAGAGCCAGAAGCCGAGGUGUGAGCGACGUCACCCUUCAAGAAGACGGCGACACCGAGGACACCUUUCCGUGGGCGAGAUCCACGGUGCCACCACGCGAGAGGCAGGGCACCCUGGCUGGCCUGUCCUUCAGCGAGAAGAUGGGUUGGUCUACGUCCGACCACAAUCCAAAGAAAACCAAAGAAGAGAAUCGGGAGUACUUGGAGUCUCUGAAGGACGAGAUGGACCACCGGAGGAACAGGCUUCGGGACGAGAUCCUCCAGGAAGCGAGCUCUAACCCCAGCGGCCUGGCGACCGCCAUGCACCAUUCCCUGGUUGGCAAGCCUCCGAUAAGCACAGCACUUCGGCGGCGAACAAGGCACCUCCUGUGACCUGACCUUGAGACAGCCAUUCCUUUAGCAACGAUUCAUCGUGUUACAUGCUGAGACCACAGCAGCGUUUUCUUGUUUAAACACGUGAUGUUCGAGCUUUACUGCCCAUUAGGGUUGCCCCAUUUGCCAAGGCAAAAAAAAAACGGCACGGAUAAAAAGAGGAGCGCAAUUUCUUUUUACGUACUACAAUAAAACACAAACAAAACGAAGACAUAUUAUAGUGCUGAUACACAUGUUACAAUCGUUGCAUUAUUGA